GCUCAGCAGCUGUCUCUGCAGCUGUAGUUCGGCUCCCGCACACCUCGGCUCCCUCACGGAGUGUUGUCACCCCGAUGGUCCAGGUGGUUCCUCCGCAGGCUCCUCUAACCUCAGCUCCGGCCUAGUAUCCGUCUGCACACCCGCUGCCCGUCGCUCAUCCUGAACAACAGAACCGGAGGUCGGUCUCCGGCUGGGUCUGAACCGUGAGCCGAGCUAGCUGCGAGGCUAGCGGGGCGUUAGCCGAGCAGGCAGCGGGGCGAGGGCUCAGUCCGGACGAGGGGCAGAGGGAGCGCAGCAUGGCCGGCGGGAAGCACAGCCAGGCGCCGGAGGAGAAAGCGGCGAGCCGGAGUCAGAGUGAAGUCAACAGGAGGUUGAAGUACAUCAGCCUGGCGGUGCUGGUGGUCCAGAAUGCAUCGCUCAUCCUCAGCAUCCGGUACGUCCGCACGUUGCCGGGCGACCGCUUCUUCACAACGUCAGCCGUCGUCAUGGCGGAGGUCCUGAAGGUCCUGACGUGUCUGCUCAUCAUCCUGCUGCAGAAGAGAUUCAGUGUGAAGGAGACGGUGAUGUUCCUGGUCGACGCCAUCGUGUUUCAGUACAAAGACACUCUGAAACUGGCCGUUCCUUCACUCAUCUACACUCUGCAGAACAACCUGCAGUACGUCGCCAUCUCCAACCUGCCGGCCGCCACCUUCCAGGUCACCUACCAGCUGAAGAUCCUCACCACAGCUCUGUUCAGCGUGUUGAUGCUGAGGAAGUCUCUGUCCAGAGUUCAGUGGGUUUCUCUGCUGCUGCUGUUCGCUGGAGUCGCCAUCGUGCAGGUGCAGCAGGAGGGGAACAAGGAAGCAUCGAUGUCGGGCAGCUCCAAUCAGAACUACAUGGUGGGUUUGGUUGCCGUGGUGAUCAGCUGCCUGUCGUCGGGAUUUGCUGGCGUUUACUUUGAGAAGAUCCUGAAAGGGAGCUCGGCCUCCGUCUGGGUGAGGAACGUGCAGCUGGGCAUCUUCGGGAUGGCGCUCGGCAUGCUGGGACUGUGCUGGAACGACGGCGCCGCCAUCUCGGAGCGCGGCUUCCUGUUCGGUUACACCGACAUGGUGUGGUGCGUCAUCUUCAACCAGGCGUUCGGCGGGCUGCUGGUGGCCGUGGUGGUGAAGUACGCCGACAACAUCCUGAAGGGCUUCGCCACCUCCUUCUCCAUCAUCGUCUCCACGGUGAUGUCCAUCUACCUGUUCAGUUUCCACGUGGACCUGCUCUUCACGGCGGGGGCGGGGCUCGUCAUCGGCGCCGUCUACAUGUACAGCCUCCCCAAAGCGGCCGGCUCCUCGUCCCCGAGCUCCUCCUCGUCUUCCUCGGCGUCUUCAGCAUCGCCGAGGACGGACGGGGGCGCCGAGAUGGAGGCGUUUCUGCCAAAAGCUCAGGGAGGUGUGGCGUCUCCUCCCCCUGCUGUCCACAUCACAGUCUAACUGCUCAAAGCACAACAACAGGAGGAGGAGGAGGAGGAGGAGGAGGAGGAGGAGGAGGAGGAAGGAGCUGCAGCGUCUCAGAAACCCUGACCAGCGGCUGUCUGUCUGUCUGUCUGUCUCUGUCUGUCUGUCUGUCUCCUACUUGUGGCCCUCUCUGCCUUAAAACUCUUUAUUUACUGACUGAAUGAAAAGAGAAAAAGCCUUACGCUGAUUAUAGAUAAUAUAUUGAUUAUCAUCGUUACUGCAGGAGAAUCUGCAGUCUGAGCUGAUUUUGAACGGAUCGAAUGUUUUCACUGUGCGGCCGCCAAAGGAGAAACACCGGACAGAUUUAAGGUGGCGAAUUCCCCCUCGAACCGUUUCCUGCAGCUCCGACAGUCACCAGCCAAUUAAAAUGUUCGUCACAUUAACGUCAGGGCUUCAACUAACCACCACCUGCACAGUCGAGUUAAUCUGUGGAUUAUUCUCAGAUUCAGGUUUCCCAGAGUCCGAGAUGACGCGUUCAGAUGUUCCACAGUCCCGAACCCAAAAAUAUUCACUUUAUUCUGGUAGAAAAUCCUGGCGGGAUUUGACUGAGUGGUUUUUAUUUAUCAGGAGUUCUCUCUCAGCGCAGUGGUUAAGACCACUGAAGUCUGCCACAGAAAGACGUCAGAAAGUCACCCCGUACAAGUCUACACACGCGAUAGAAACCCGACAACAACCAGACCAACGCAUGCCAGAGAUAAUAGAGAUAAGAUCCCGAGACCGGGCUACAACCACUGAGCACCUGGGUACAGACGAGACGACAGCAGCUGCUCCUGAUGCACGAGUAGGCAAAAGUGAAGGGACACUGCUUCGUCAAGGUACAACAGCUAAAAAGCCUUUAUCCUGGCAGCUCUGGGCUGGACUCAGCAACCGGACGGAGACUGCGUGGACGGGGGGGAUUCUCAGUCCACUUCCAGCCGGGCUCUGGCGAGGUUCGCCCGAGGUCCGAAAGGAAAAGGACCGGACACAGGACUCUGUGAAAGAUCACGUGUGAUUCGAACAACUAACACGAAAUCCUGUGCCGGUUGAUCAAAGUUUAGAAACGAUCUGGUGAUUCACCGGGAGCGAGUUACCUGUCAGUCCGUGGGAACCGAACCACAGGCGUGAAACUGGCCGGGGAAAACUCUGAAGAAGCUCUUGGUGAUGUUCAGAAACCAGAAACGAACGCCAGGGAGUGGAAAUUUUACUUCUCAAUAAUCUGUACCAACAUUUGAAACCCACUAUUGGUCUAAUAUAUGUUGGUCACGGUCGAUCAGCGGACGUUUCCGCACCGAUCGGUUGGUCAGACUCUGAGAACAAAACACGAACAUUUGGUAUUUGUGACAUUUAUUAUUGAGUUGAUGAGAAAAAAUAUCCACAAGAUUGAUCAGUAAAGUCAUUACCAGUCAGUCAUCUGCCAGAUUUUUCUCAGACCCGCAGCUGUUAAUCAGCUGCCUCUGAAGUCCUGAAUGUGGGCUUUCGUCCUCCAGAAUCAGUUCCACUGAUCGGAGCGAAGUUGUCUGUCGUUUCCGCCCCCUCGAUGCCGGGCUGCACGGUGAAAACGUCUCGCAGGCCGAACACGGCUCUUAGUUUCCUGUCCGCCUGUGUUUGGUGCCUUUCCUCGUCAUCUGUACAGAAGCCGUACGGUUGUCGGCGUAACGUUAGCGGUGUACAGUCGGCGGAGCUCUCACAGACCAACUGGGACUUUGUGCAGGUUCAUACGGACGCAUUCGACAGGAGGGACUCCUUUAUUCUGGUUUAGGGGACUGAAACGGCUCCGGUCUCGUCUCGCUGCCGCCGACACACGCGGACUCUGAACUCGGAUGGGUUCGAGGAGCAGCUGGAGGUGUGGCGGCAGCCGAGGGGGGUCGUGCUCGUCGUCAGAGCGCCUUUUUAAUUACCCAGUCGUAAUAACUAUAAUGUUUGUUCUCACCGAACCCGUCCUGCUGCAGGCGUCUUGUUGAUGAAGAAGUCCUGCCGCAGGCGUGAAUGUGUUUCUUCUCGUGCGUGUCGACAGGCGAGGUAGUGGAUCAGAGUCCAGGUGGAUGGAGGGAGGUCGUCCUCACCUGUUUGCGUUGAGCUGCUUCUGUG